CUCCCAAAGACCACCAUAUCCGACCUAAAGCGCGGAUGCAUCUCCCCAACACUGUGGUACCGAAUCCACGUCCUGCUCUACGACCUCGAGAAUUUCGACUCUAGUCCCGCAUCCCAGAAGCGGCUGGGCAAGAUAGGCGACCCGUCUUACAUCGGGCGGCCGUACUUCACGCGCGAAGAGGCGGAGAUCAUCAAGAGGACCAGGAUCGACGUCGAUGGUCGAACGGAAACAAUCGAACAGAUGAUUGACAAGUGCUUGGAAGAGAGAGAGAAGUUCGGGUGUCGCAUCAGCAGUAAGCGGCCGAGAAGUGGGGAUUUGAUCCGGGUCAGUGCCAGUCAGCAGGUUGCGUCUACUCUGGCGGGAUUACUGGGGAUUGAUCUAGUGAUGCUUGGUGAGGAUAGGACGUUUGUGAACCUGAUGGUGGAAAAUGGGCUUUUUCUUGAGGGGGUGAGGUGGACGGGGCUGAAGAAAAGGUUCUUUGUUUCGAGGAAGAAGAGG